GUGUUGGUCCAAUCAAACCAUGGGGAGUUGUCCAGCAAUGGUUUUUUAGGACAACAACACAUGAUGGACUUAAGGACAAAUUAGGAUCAACUCAUGUACCUUUAUUUUAUAAAAAUAAAGAAAAUUCAGAUAAAAAUGAAGAAAAUUCAGGCAAAAAUGAAACGGAUGUUGGUGAAAAUGAAAGGAAUGCAUUAAUAGAUGAUGAUUGUGAAGAAACUGAUGCAUCAACAACUACAGAAAAUGAUAAAAAUCAUCAAGCCGCUAUAGACAUUGAUACACCAACGGCUACUACAAAUUAUGAAAUAGUUCCAGAAAUUGAUGAAUCAACAACUACUACAAAUGAUAAAGAUAAUGAACUGUCUUUAAUGAAAAAGCAACUUGAUAGCGUAAAACAUGAACUGUCUGAAACGAAACAACAACUUAACGCUCUAAUAGAGCUUCUUAAACACCAUGUUGUUAAAAUUCCUCA